AUGGAUUUGGUUGCUGGUGUACGCAAAGAAGGCAGCCGCGGCGGCCGCAAUGAGUUCAAAUGGUCCGACGUCCAGAGUUCCGCGCACCGCGAGAACUAUCUAGGCCACUCAGUAAUGGCCCCAGUCGGCAGAUGGCAGAAAAAUCGAGAUCUUGCCUGGUAUGCCAAGGGAGACGAAGAUGAGGAAGAACGAAUCCGGAAAGAGCGAGAGGAACUUCAACGUGUCAAGGAGGCCGAGGAGGAAGCAAUGGCCGUCGCUCUGGGCCUCCCGAAGAAGAGAUGCCAGAUGCUGCAACAAGGGAAAAAGACCACCGCUCCAGUCACCGACACAGACGCGAGCGAACCCGAAGCCCGCGACGGGAAAGGCGACAUGACCGGGGCGACGAUUCUACACGUGACAAGGAUCGCAGACACCGCAGACAUCAUGACGACCGAGAGCGCCACCAUCGCACCCAUCGUCAUAGAUCAAGAUCUCGCGGUCGAGACCACUACAGACGGCGCUCAGCGUCCCGUUCUAGGAGUCGACCCAGCCGAAAAGACGAGGAACACCAGAAAAGACGACGGAUGGAGCGCAGCUACUCACCAGCUGAGCGCCGGCGACACCCCGAACGCAGACGAGACCGAGAUGACCAUGACCGCCAUUGAGCUACAGACUAGGGAUAUCAAUUGUUACAUUAGCUUGGCGUUGGAGGAAAUCGAUUCAAAUAUUGGAUAA